CUCGUGGGAAUUGCUGGUACCGGGCACCUGGCCAGGCUCACUCCGAAAAUGCCUGCCGUAAUUCACUCUUGAGAGCCCCAGAAGGGGCUUCCAAGGGGCUACGGUUCUAGACCAGCCUCAACAGAGUGGGGCCCUCUUCCUUAGCAAGGUUUUUGCACCAGCCCGAGUGCCCGCGGAGUGUGAGCGCACAGCGGCACCAGCCCGAGUGCCCGCGGUGACCGGCCGGGAUGGGAAGAGCGGCCGGCGCCGCGUUCGGGUCAUUCCACAGCGGUGGCGGCACCCGGAGCCCGGCUCGAGGCUGGCACCGGACACCUGGCCAGGCUCACUCCGAAAAUGCCUGCCGUAAUUCACUGUUAAGAGUCCCAGAAGGGGCUUCCAAGGAGCUACGGUUCUCGACCAGCUUCAACAGAGUGGGGCCCUUUUCCUUAGCAAGGUUUUUGCACCAGCCCGAGUGCCCGCGGAGUGUGAGCGCACAGCGGCACCAGCCCGAGUGCCCGCGGAGUCCGGCCGGAGUGGGAGCGGCAGCGGAGGAGCGCCGGUUUCAUUCCCCAGCGGUGCCGGCACCCGGAGCCCGGCGAGGCGGCGGCGGAGCUCGGAGACGGCUCCAGACCAGCUCGCUGCUCCUCUCCCCCACUCGUCGCUGCCCCUCGCUGCUUUCCUGCACGCACAUCGGUCAAAACGGCCAAAAGCUGCUCCCACAUCGGCUCUGUGCUGAGGCACCAGCCCGAGUGCCCCCGGCGCCUGAUCGCAGAGCGGCACCAGCCGCAGUGCCCGCGGAGUCUCAGGAAAUAAAAGAACUGUCGGGUAAUUUCAGUGACUCAUCCUGCCCGGCCCUGCUCUGCCGUUCUACCCUCUCGCUCCCUGUUCCCGUUCGGGCUGUCGUCACCGUCCCUCGCUCCUUUCCCGCAUGCUGAUCUGUGAAAUCGGCUAAACGGUGUUCAAACACCUCCCUCGGCACCCAGUGGCACCAUCUGGAGUGCCCGGGGAGCAGAGGCAGCGGCGGAGCCCGGAGGCGGCUCCAGCCCAGGAAGGACCCGCGG